AUGGUCGCCCUCAACGUCUUUGCUCUGGCUGCUAUUCUUCCCGCCAUGGUCCUGGCCAGCUCGGCCGGUCCUCAGACUCACAACUCGGUCCACCGUCGCCACCACACCAAGGCCAAGGCCGCUCGUGCUCUCGCUGGCGAGCGCAACACCACCAAGGCUCGCAAGCGCAACCUCCACCGCAAGCGCAAGUGCCGCCCCGCCCCUGGCAGCGAGGCUCCUGCUGUCGAGGGCCAGACUCAGGAGUGGUCUGAGCAGUCUGGCGGCGAGCAGCAGCCUGCCGAGCAGCAGGGCUCUGAACAGCAGGGCUCUGAGCAACAGUGGUCCGAGCAGCCCGCCGAGUCGACGGAGGGCUCUGCCGAUGUCGCCGGCUCUGCCAAUUUCGGCAGCGAGUUCCACGCCGAGGCCACGUCCGACGAGUCCACCACCACCUCCACUGGCUCCGCCCAGCAGUCCACUGGCGGUGACGGCAACCUCCGCAUCGGCCGCACCCUCUCCGGCCCUUGUGGCAGCAUCAACACCAACGAGGGCUCUCCCAACGGUGACCAGUGGUGGCUGAACUGUGGUAUCAGCCUCGAUGACCACGACGCCGCCUGGAACCCUCCUUACAUGGGACUCGAGGACAUUGUCUACCAGGAUUUCAACCACGGUGACUGGGCAGGCUGUGAGGCCUUUGCCUGGGCCUUCAACGACCCCGAGUGCAACCUCGGCAUCAACCCCGCCAUCCUUGCCGCCAUCGCGCGCCAGGAGUCGAGCUGCAACCCCAACAUUCGCGGCAAGAACGGCGAGUACGGCCUCAUGCAGGUCAUGCCGUUCAACUGUAUGGACGAGUCGGUGUGCAUGGAUGUCUGGCAGAACGUGAGGAACGGUGCGAACGUCUUCAAGACGUACCUCGACCAGUCCGGCGGCAACGUCCUCCUCGCUCUCGGCAAGUACAACGGAUGGAAGGAGCACCUCACCUACAACCAGGCUACGCAGGCUGCCCGCGACGGCAACUGCUGGGCCCAGAACAACCUCGACUACCUCCACCAGAUGCUCAACGGUUUCGUUGUUGGCCGCAACGCCUACACUGCCGACUUCCCCACCAUGUUCAAGAACUACAACUGCCAGUAA